AUGGCUGUCUUCUUCGUUUUCUCUCCGUUGGCCGACGUCACCACCAUCCCCAAGCCGGCCUCCGUGUUCCCGGAGGUAGCACGGCGUGUUCCGGUCCACCAUCACGGGGAUGAGACGCCGGCGAUGCCGCUCCCGCCACACAUGCACUUGGGUCACUUCUGCUGUGUCGAGGCUCCAUUCUCUCACCAGCCAAACGUCCCCGGCUUGAACUCAUACGCCAACAAGCUCUGCGCCCACAACAGCACUCACUACUGCCAGAACCUCGCCGACUCCAACACGGGCCUCUGCGCGCCAUGCGCCGCCGCCAACGCAAGCGGCCAGCCAUGCUCCUAA